UGAAUGUUCGCCUUCAUUCGUCUCCCCACCUCUCGUCUGUCACAUCUUGGGCUGUCCUUGAACAUCCUCGACGUGCAUUCACCACCAGUGUUGACUGUGGGUGAUCGUGAUCAACAUGGAAACCGUGAGCGUGGGCGCCCCGCCAUGAUCUUCCCACUGGGUUAUACACUUUCGUCAGAACUACCAUCCUCUUAGUGCGACGCUCUUCUAGUCAUUCGGCAUUGCUUGUUUGUAUCAACUCUGUCAAGCUACCGUUUAUGCUUGGACUCGGACCCUUUGCUAGCGAUGUGAAGGGAAGGGGGAUGUCAUAGACUGACGCGUCAACGAUGUAUGCUUUGCUGGGCGGUUGCACUUGAACCCCGCGGGUGUUGCGCCGUCAUCGGCAGUCCCUCCACAUAGCCAUCUAAGCCAUAAUACAC